CCUUCAUUUUGUUAUGUCCGAUAAUAUACCUUCGUCGCCUGUUCCAAGUAGCAGCAAUGCUAACACAGAAAAUACUAGGCUUUUGGAUACCUCCACGGCAAAUUAUAGUAAUCGUGAAGCUAAGACAAAGCAAACGGUAAUCACUAUGACUCCCUCUCUUGACCCACAAGAAACUUCUAGCUAUCUCUAUAACGGAGGUGGUUUGUCUGUUACCACGUCGCGUUAUUAUCACAGUAUUGUUACCGCUGGGCAGCCCACCAUCCCCACACAACAGCUCACUGAAAAAAUCCAAGAUAUUCUUGUCUUUACUGAAAUAAAAAAGAAUCAGCAGGCACGCGCUAUUGUAGAAGAAAAGAAACAAUUGGCUAGACAACAACAGCAACAAUAUUUGAACCAGCAACAGCAACAAGAGCAACAGAAAAAAGAACAGCCUACGCCAGUUCCUGUUCAAUAUCCUUCAAGCAGUAGCGACAGUAGUGAUAGUGAUAGUGAUAGUGAUAGUGACUCUGGUAGCGUCCGAUUUACAUUGAAGAAAAAAUUGAGUGAAUGGUCUAUUGAUGGAAGCAAAAAGAAGACGGAGAGCGGAAAAAAGGCUUUAAGAAAGCGUGAUUAUGCAGUAGAUGCGUUACGUUUUGCCACUGACAAAUGGAAGGAGAAACAUGGUUGGUCCACUGGAAGUAAUAAUAGUUCGUCUGCAAGUUUACUUCCCGCUCCUAGCCCAACCAGCCCCAUUACUACAACUGUAGUGGAAACUGUACAAAGCAACGGUAACGGAAUUGGAAUUGUACAGCAAAGAAAAAAACAAGAGUUUAAGGCGAUUCCUUCUUCUGCUCAAAGCGUAUAUGAUGUGGCCAAAAAUGCAUCUGUCUGUGCCGUUUUGGCAUUGUUACACGAACGUCGGCAAUCAUCCGCUCUUUCUACUGAAACAGAUGUCUCCUUGCAAUCACUUGCUCUUUCAACUUUGAAUCUUGGCUUAAAGGUGCAAGAUACUUCUGCAUCUCAUGUUGUGUUAUAUGAGAUGCUAACAAAUAAAUGGAUGCAUGGAAAGUCAGCUUUGGAAUGGGCCGUUGAGAAUAACAGUCAAUUGAUUCUUUCGGAUUCUCGGGUUCAACUUGUAAUCGAGGAUCUUUGGCAAUCAGGUCCAAAUUGGCGUCAAGACCCGAACCAUCCCAGUCAUAUUUGGUUAAAAUCACAAGAUGGUACAAAACCACCAGAGCCGAAGAACUUUGCAUGGUACGUUAUCAGUCACACAUUUGUUGAUUUUCUUGCUCGUUGGCCAAGUGUCCGUUACCAAACAAUGCUCGGAUUUUUUACGGCUUUGGUUUACCUCUGCUUCCAUUUGGCUACCGUGACCAAUCAAGAUUACACAUCGGAUAACCCUUUUGCUUACGAAUAUGUAUACUAUGUCCUUGUUAUUUCCGAUGUUCUUUUGGAAUUUUACAAGCUAUUUACACAGCCCUUUACAUACCUUCGAAAGAUAUCGUCUUAUAUUUCGAUUAUCACAGCCUCGCUUUUAUCUAUUGCGUUUAUCGUUCGUUUCUUUGCUCUACUUGUGAUUUCUCAAAUCGAGGUGGAAGCUUACUUCUUGACAGUGUCCUUAGCUUUGGUUGUUGUCGCUACACCACUCAUGUUUUUCCGUUUGUUCUCAACUGCUUCUGAUCUUAACUGGAGCCUUGCCAAAACCAAUUAUAUCUUGCAUCAAUGCCUUAUUAACAGUCUUUGGGUAUUCUCACUUGGAGCUUUUAUCAUUUUUGGAUUUUGGGUCGCUCUUGCUGCAUUGCAGUUUGAUGACAUCUCACCAUUCACUAUGUUGCGCUAUUUACUACUUGGUGCACUUCAUGCUCCUCAAAUCGGUGAUACAAUUUCAUAUCAAAGUGUAGUUGCCGGCGUUUUAUUGGUUGCUUAUCUAUUUUUGACAGUUGUCAUACUUGGCUCACUUUUGACAGCUUCGUUCUUGAGCACAAUUUUGGAUAUCAAUAGCCGCAUAGAUACCGUGAAACGAGACUGGGUGAUCAAUCGUUGUUUGAAGGCAAACCCGGUGAUCAAUGCAUUCAUUCCAAGUGUAGCUACAGAUUUGAUCUUUGGUACCGUGGCCUGGAUUGCGCGCGUGAUCUUUAAGCGCCAAACACGCAUCAUAUGGCUCGAAAAAAUUCGUCAAGUGUUUUGGUACAUUAUCUAUUCCCCGAUUAUUAUUGUUGUAGGAUUGUUUGAACUGCUUUCAGCCAUUUUUUUUAAAUGGCGUACUGUUAUCAACGCGUUUAAGAGACCUGUAUAAUCUAAAAUAAAGUAUAUUUUUACACAUU